CUGAGCGCGCAGUGCCAUCUUCAGGCCUGCCCAGGACUCCCCGAAAGCCGGCGCCCAGCACCGCGCGGCCCGGGAGCCCACGGGUGGCCCCGGUGGUCUGUGGGGGCGCAUGGGGCGGCGCUAAUCGGGCUGGCGGCGCAGGCCAGGAGCCUCUCCAACAUGAACCUCGUGGGCAGCUACGCACACCAUCACCACCACCACCACCACCCACACCCCGCGCACCCCAUGCUCCACGAGCCCUUCCUCUUCGGCCCGGCCUCCCGCUGUCACCAGGAGCGGCCCUACUUCCAGAGCUGGCUGCUGAGCCCGGCGGACGCCGCCCCGGACUUCCCGGCAGGCGGGCCGCCACCCGCAGCCGCUGUGGCCGCCGCUGCCUACGGUCCCGAUGCCAGGCCUGGCCAGAGCCCGGGGCGGCUGGAGGGGCUCGGGGGCCGCCUGGGCCGGCGGAAAGGCUCAGGACCCAAGAAGGAGCGCAGACGCACGGAGAGCAUUAACAGCGCGUUCGCCGAGCUGCGCGAGUGCAUCCCCAACGUGCCGGCGGACACCAAGCUCUCCAAGAUCAAGACCCUGCGCCUGGCCACCAGCUACAUCGCCUAUCUGAUGGACGUGCUGGCCAAGGACGCACAGGCUGGCGACCCCGAGGCCUUCAAGGCUGAACUCAAGAAGGCCGACGGGAGCCGGGAGAGCAAGCGGAAAAGGGAGCUGCCGCAGCAGCACGAAGGCUUUCCUCCUGCCCUGGGCCCAAGCGAGAAGAGGAUUAAAGGGCGCACCGGCUGGCCGCAGCAAGUCUGGGCGCUGGAGCUAAACCAGUGAGCCGAGACCCGCGUGAGGACCUGGCCCCGGCUGGCCGACCCGAGCCCGGGACGAGAGGAAGGCGGUGGCUAAGGCCGGGCUCUGGGCUCCCGAGGCUCUUGCCGGAUCGCGCGCAGCCUCUGCCCAGCGCUGGCCGGCCGCCGGCUGCAACCACACACUUGGAUCGCACGUGCAAUGUCCUUUGAAAUGGUUUUAAAAUACAUUAAGAGAAAGAGAAGUUUAUAUAUAUAUAUAUAUGUAUAUCUCUAUUUCCUCUGAGGGCGACUCUUGGGAGGCACGACGCAGGACGGAGGGACCGCGGAACCCAAGCGCCCGAAGAUCCUUCCAACCCUGCUGCGCCGAAUUCAGAAUCCCCAAGCGCCACCCUCGCUCUGCUCUCCGGCUCUUUCUCCCCCCACCCUUUGCGUCAGAACCCCCAGGCGCCUUUUUGGAUGGAAAUGCAAUAAGAGGAAUCAAUAGUUUUCCACCAGGGAGAGAGAACCAAAAGCAGCGAGAGGGAGGGCUGACUUUUGCUGUUCCUUUAAAACUGCAGUGUUUUAAUUUUAUUUGGAUCGCUGCGCUUCCUACCUAGUCCCGCUCUCUCUCUCUUUUCCUCCCUCCCUCUCUGUCUCCCCCCACCCUCUUUCUCCCCUCCUUUCUAAAUAAAAACUGUCCCCAGUGUUGCAAAGUUUUUGUGUAUUUAAACUACCUACCAAGCCUGUUUUGCUCAGGUGUUUGUCUCCCGGGCCCACCCCUUUUCUACCUCAGAUCUGUAAGACCACUCACCGCCCUCCCUUUGCCAAAGCAGCAUCUAUGCUCUUGACUAAUAAAAAGUUUUCUGAA